AGGGCAGAAUCGUAAUUUAAGGCGACGUGAGAGAGGUAUCAAUAUCACAUUCACAGCUAAGCAUCACUUGAGCUUCCAAAAAAAAGAAGUCAGCAGCUCAGCAAAAUUAAUCGGCGGAAUGGCCCAGCCCGAUGGAGAAGGAGGCAUCAACGAGAGGCUGGGCGACGACGAGCUCCGCGCCGUCCUCUCCCGCCUCGGCGACGAGGAGGACAAGGCCGCCUUCGGCCUCGUCUGCAAGAGGUGGCUCCGCCUCCAGAGCACCGAGCGCCGCAAGCUCUGCGCCCGCGCCGGCCCCCACAUGCUCACCCGCCUCGCCGCCCGAUUCACGCGCCUCCGCCACCUCGACCUCUCCCAGUCCGUCUCCCGCUCCUUCUAUCCCGGCGUCACCGACUCCGAUCUCUCCGUCGUCGCCGCCGCCUUCUCCUCCCUGCGGAUUCUCAAUCUGCACAAUUGCAAAGGCAUAACAGAUAAAGGAUUGACAUCACUUGCAGCAGGGAUUCCUUCUUUGCAGUUCCUAGAUGUGUCCUAUUGCAGAAAGCUAACUGAUAAGGGCCUCUCAUCUAUCGCAAAGGGUUGCCGUGACCUGAGAGCCUUGUAUGUUGUGGGUUGCAGAUUUGUCACAGAUACUUUAUUAAGUGCUCUUUCAAUGAACUGUUGUAAUUUAGAAGAGUUAGGUUUGCAAGGAUGCUCUAACAUAACCGACUCGGGUCUCACUGUUCUUGUCGAAGGUUGCAAGCGAUUAAAACUGUUAGAUCUUAACAAGUGCGGUAAUAUCGGGGAUAUUGGCAUAUCUAGUAUAGCAAAAGCUUGUUAUUCUUCACUGCUGACCCUGAAGUUGCUUGAUUGCUACAAAGUCGGGGAUGAGUCCAUAAUCUCCCUGGCCAAAACCUGCAAAAAUCUAGAGACGUUAAUUAUUGGUGGUUGUCGAGAAAUAUCUGAUGAAUCCAUAAAGCAACUCGCUUCUGCAUGCCACGACAGUCUCAAGAAUCUCCGUAUGGAUUGGUGCUUAAAUGUCUCAGACACUUCCUUAGAAUGCAUAUUUUCCCUCUGCAGGAAGCUUGAGGUUCUUGAUGUUGGGUGCUGUGAGGAGAUCACUGAUGCUGCUUUUCAGGGAUUAGGAAGUGAUGAAUCUAAGUUGAGUUUGAAGAUUUUGAGGGUAAGUAACUGUCCCAAUAUCACCGUGGAUGGAAUCAGGAAGCUCUUGAUAUCUUGUGAAGCUCUUGAAUAUAUUGAUGUGCGUUCGUGCCCCCAUGUAACUGAAGUACGAUGCCAUGAGGCUGAGUUACAGUUUCCAGUAGGAUGUAAGGUCAAUUAUUCUGGGAGCUUGUCGGAGCCAGAUGUCUUAUGCUGAAAAUAAUCGCUAAAUGUCCUGAUGGGGCUGCGUCGAUUUUUCUUGGCCACCCGAAGAAGGGGUGGGGAAUCUCAAGCCUCAAGAGAGAUUCUUAUGCAUAGCUGAUUAUAUUACAAGCCUGCCACUGCAGAUGUAUAUUACAAUUGCUAUCGUUGUUUCCUUGUUUGUCUGAUUAUAUUAUGAAGUAGAUACCUCGAUUGAUUGUAUAUUUCAUUAAGCAGACACCACCAUGUUUUGUACAAUUGUCUAAUGAUUUCUUAAUUUCUAAAUUGACAUAAAGAGCUUCUUCUA